CAGUGUUGGAGACUCUGACGCGGAAGAAGAAUCAGCCCCGGAGAAGGAAGCAGAAAACCCAAAAUGAAAGCGGCCCCCCUCCAGCUCUCUUCACACUUGUUGAAUAACGUUUAUCUCCAGCCCUGCGGCGGGUUUUGGACAUUUCUCCACCCGGGUUCUGGCGUCUGUCUCCCGGGUGUGGACGGGCAGGUUUGAGGCUGCAUGGCUGAGCAGCGCUUUGACUGACAAUAACAUCCAUUUCAAACACUUCACACUGCCGCACACACACACACUCAGCAUCCACCUCUACUGGAUCGAUAUUUCAUUUUUAUUUAUUCAGCUGCCCAAGCGGGAGCUCCGGGAAUCACAGCGAGCACGGCGCACUGUCCUCCGUGCAGCGCCGCUGGGUGGCACCGCUGUCUCCGGGCGGAGGGACUCUGAUCACGGCGUGGUGGACGGAUCUCUCCACCGUGAGAAGACGACGUCGAAGAGACUUGAAAACAGAGCACUGCCGCCUCCCUGGAUCACCCACACCAUUUUUAAUAAGGGGGAUACUCGAUUAAUGUUUCAGGAGUUAGGUAGGCUGUUUUCUACUCUGUGGGGCGGGAGGUUCUGGGAGGCACGCCGACCGCAGCGCCCUCUCCGCCGGGCAGCACCGCUGGGUGGCACCGCUGGGUCCAGCCGGUGAGAUGAGUCUCCACCGGGGGUUAGCAAACUAAUCUCGUUUGGAUCACAAAGUCGUGACCUGGUUGCCUUACUCUGUAUUUCUGGACCUGGAUAAUUAGCUUCUGAGGCAGCGGGGGAAGCUGCAGGACUCACACCGAGCACGGCGCCCUGUCGCCGGGCUGCACCGCCGCGUCCGGCCCGGUGGGAUGCCUCGCCACUGGGAGAGGAUUAUUUUCUAGAGCUCCAGGCUUUCUUCUCCACCUCACCAGUCACACCCCGUGCUGUCACGCUCCUGUCAGUGAGUUUGUGUGUAGGUAGGAGGACAUGGCGGACUCCGGCCGGGCCAGACAGGCGGACCCUGACGCCGCGGACAGCCGGACAGCGAGUCCUCUGACCGGUAAGAAGAGGGCGCAGCAGUCGCCUGGUCUCCGGCCCAAGUACCAGAGCUCUGCACCGGGCCACUGCCUCAGGAAAGUCACCCUGACCAAACCCACCUUCUGCCACGGCUGCAGCGACUUCAUCUGGGGGCUCAUCGGCUUCCUCUGUGAAGUGUGUAACUUCAUGUGUCACGAGAAAUGUCUGAAGACGCUGCGCUCAGCUUGUUCCUGCAUGACUCCCUCUCUGGUGCGGGUCCCGGUGGCUCACUGCUUCGGUCCGGCGGGUCAGAAGAAACGUUUCUGCUGCGUCUGCAGGAAACAAACGGAGGGAAGCACGGCGCUGAGAUGUGAAGUGUGUGAGCUGCACGUCCACGCUGACUGUGCCAUCUUCAGCUGUGCAGACUGUCGCAGUUCUCACCUGGAUGGGACUCUGCAGCAGGAUACGUUCCACCACCACUGGAGGGAGGGGAACCUGGCGUCAGCGGCGAGGUGUGAGGUGUGUCGACGUUCCUGCGGUUCGUCUGACGUCCUGUCGGGGAUGCGGUGUGAGUGGUGCGGCAUCACGAGCCACGGGGCGUGUUACCUCAGCGUGCCACCAGAGUGCACUCUGGGACGUCUGCGCUGCAUGCUGCUGCAUCCGGCCUGCGUCCGCCUCGACUCCAGAAACUUCAGCAAGAUGCAUUGCUACCGCAUCACCGAGAGCUGCAACCAUGAUCUGGAUAACUGUGAUGAUGUUGAUCCAUCUGCUGCUGCGUCCAAAGACGGUCAGCCGGCUGCUGCAGAGUCGGGAAAGCAGUUUCUGAAGGUGUUUGACGGUGAUGAUGCGGCCAAGCGAGGUUUCUUCCGAUUGGUUUCCAUGAUUCGAGCCACAAGGAAUGAGGAAGUGGUGGAGGCGGCGCUGCGGGCCUUUUACCUCCCAGAUGACGCUCAGGACUAUGAGCUGCAGGAGGUCGGUGGCUUGCAGCGUCUCCAUAGCGACGACAUCCUGAACCGUAACGGCGGUCCGGACAACCGAGGUUCGCUGAAGGACGGAGGUGACUCCUGGCUGCUGAGGGCCAAACCCCGAGACACUGAGGUCAUCAAGGUGUACGCAAGCUGGCCCAGGUCGGGUGCUGCUUUUAUCUCUGUCUCCGUCUCUAAAAACAGCACGGCGGAGUCGGUCCUCACCGAGGUCCUCAGUCAGCUCGACAGACAGGAGGAAGAUGUGUCCGGUUUCAGCCUGUUGGAGGUCUGCAUGAGCAGCAAGCAAGUUCAGAGACAGACGCUGACGCCUCAGGAGAAGAUUCAGGACAAGCUGCAGGAGAUCAGGAAGGUGUCUCUGCGUCAGAUGAACCAGACUCGGUUCUACGUGGUGGAGAGCAGGAACCGAGCGGUGCAGGUCAACCUGCUGAUUGGAGGACUGCCCGCCCUGCUGAACAAAGAGGAGUACGUCGAGCUGAUCCAGGAACACCUGACCAUCAAGAGUCACCUGGUCACCAUCAGCCACAUCUAUGCCAGUCAAGGUGCGGUGGCGUUGCAGAUCUCGUGUUUCUCUGAAGCAGAGAGGAUCUACAUGUUGGCUAAAGACACAACUGUCAGCAACAAGACGCUUACUUCACUUGUUAUCCCAGAGAUCUUGCACAACCAGCUGGGAGAAGAUGUCUGUCCCCUGCUGGUGUUUGUCAACCCAAAGAGCGGCGGCCUGAAAGGCAGAGAGCUCCUCUACAGCUUCAGGAAACUUCUGAACCCUCAUCAGGUCUUUGACAUUUCCAAUGGAGGACCGCUGGCAGGCCUCCACACAUUCCGGGAGGUUCCCAGUUUUCGGGUGCUGGUCUGUGGGGGUGAUGGGACAGUGGGCUGGGUGCUGGGAGUACUGGAAGCUGUGCGGCACAAACUGGUGUGUCGAGAGCCGCCCAUCGGCAUCGUACCGCUGGGAACAGGUAACGACUUAGCCCGUGUCCUGAGAUGGGGACCAGGUUACAGCGGCGAGGACCCCCACCACAUCCUGGUCUCUGUGGACGAGGCCGACGAGGUUCUGAUGGACCGGUGGACCAUCCUGCUGGAUGCACAGGACAUUUCUGAGGACGGAAAGGACAACGGCUUCCUGGAGCCACCCAAGAUUGUGCAGAUGAACAACUAUUUUGGCCUCGGCAUCGAUGCAGAGCUCAGCCUCGACUUCCACCAGGCCCGAGAGGACGAACCUGAUAAAUUCACCAGCAGGUUCCAUAACAAAGGUGUGUACGUGAAGGUCGGCCUGCAGAAGAUCAGUUACACCAGGAGUCUCCACAAAGAGCUGCAGCUUCAGGUCGACGCUCAGAACGUCCCGUUACCAAACAUAGAGGGGCUCAUCUUCCUCAACAUACCCAGUUGGGGUUCUGGUGCUGACCUCUGGGGGUCAGAGGUCGAUGGUCGCCAUGAGAAACCAAGCAUUGAUGACGGCCUGCUUGAGGUGGUCGGGGUCACCGGGGUCGUUCACAUGGGCCAGGUGCAGAGCGGUAUGCGCUCAGGGAUUCGUAUCGCACAAGGGAACUACAUCCGGCUGACGGUGAGCAAACCCAUACCUGUCCAGGUGGACGGAGAACCGUGGAUCCAACCGCCCGGACACAUCAUCAUCUCUGCUGCUGGACCAAAGGUUCGGAUGCUGAGGAAGUCGAAGCAGAAGCAGAAGAAGUCUGGUUCAAAGGACGGACGUUCUGAGAGUCCGUCCUCCAGAGACGGAGGACACUGACCAACCUGCCUGAAAAUCAGUGUCGUGGAUUUUACCUACUUCCUGCUGCACCUGGGAGGCCAUUUUGGUGCCAGCUGUAAUUUCACUCACGUAGCUGUGUAGCGAUGCUGACGGGCUGCAGGUCGACUUGAUUGAAGGAGGUUUAACGUUUACAGCCCGCACACGUUGGGAGGAAGAACUGGAUCGCCUCAAGUUUGGUACAGUUGGGAUCACAUUUCCAUCCUGCUGACCGAGCACUUAUCACUUACAGAUGGUUAAUAUUCAGAAACUAAAUUGACUUUUGUACCUAAAGCGUAACAAUAACAUGUAAUUCAUAGAUUAAAAUUAUUCUGCCUAGAUUAAGAAAGAGUUGACAAUUUCUCAGUAUGAAUAAGCUUCAGCAUUGAACAAAAAAGUUAUAGUAUUUAACAGAAGUGAGUUUCUGUCCAGAUGUGACUGUAUAUGUACAGUAGGUAGCAGUAGACUCAGUGUCAGUUGAUUUAUUGUAGUAACUUUAGUUGUAAAAAGUAAUGUGCAGCUAUAGAGUGAUUAUGACCUCAGUAUUUGUCAUAUUGUCAUUUGAGAAUAUGAAGAAACUGAAGUACUGAAGCACUCCUGAAGAGACCGACAGGCAGUUUCUUUGAGAAGCUGUAACCUCAUUACAUUAAUCUUAACCAAUAGAUCUCCUGGGAGGCUGAACUGGCUCUCUUCUUCUUCUUCUCUUGUGUAGAAUUCUUUGGUAAUGGUGGUUUUAGACAGCAUUCAUGUUGCAGUGAAGCUCCUCAAAGCUAAUGAGCGCACAGAAUCAAACAAGAAAUCUCAAAAACCACCGUGCAGAGUUAGUGUGUAACCGGAAUAAGAAUCACGGAACUGAUUAAAAAAAUAAAAGUAAGAUCAGACUGAGCUGUGGCAACAAGUUUUAAACUCAAGAUAAAGUGGUAAAUCCUGAAGCACAGUUUGUAUUUUAGCAAAUGGGAAAUGUGAAGUUUUUACUCUUACACCAACUGUAAAUAUUUGAUUGGACGUAUGUGUCCAUGUUUCACGAGGUUUGUUUUGCCACAAAUAAUCAUUUUGUUAUAAUAUUUAGCACAAGACAUCGAUCUUGUGCAUACUAGAUAAUAACGUGUGAACAAAGGAUUAAAAAAUAUCUUCUGUGAUUUUGGAGACUUCAUAGAAACCUAUAAAAACUUGUGACAUUAUCGGAUUUACACAAAAUCUGGCAGUUGCAUAUCUGUAUCUGCUUAAGUUAAUCACUUCAAAUACUUGCACUCGUACGAAAAAAAUUGUCAGUCCUAGAUCAUGUAUUUUGCGAAAAGUUAGAAAAAGUAGCCUAUAAAACAAGAGAUGCUGCUGUAAAUAGUAGCACAUAAUAAUAAAAAAAAAGUUAGCAUUGGGCUAAGUGCUCAUAUGACCAAGUUUGCAACCUUAACAAUUUUGUUUUGAUUAGCUUAGCACAAAGCAAUUAGCGCACAACGUUACAACAAAUUAAUUACAUUAAUUAAUUAUCAAUUAAUUACAACAAAUAAAAAUCAGAAUUUUACAGGUUGUUCCGAAACAUAAGCCUGCCAAGAAAUCUGUACGUUAAUUUGUAUCUUUACGUUAGCUGGCUGCUAAUUUACAUCAUUGACUUAUCUGUUGUCCAACUUUCAUAUUAAGAUUGCAUAACAUCAGCUGGAAUGCUACAGAUGUUGUUCUUGCUACGAUAGAAACUGUGCUGCAGGUUUACACUUGAUUUUCAGUUUAACGUUUUCAGCUGUGAAGUCUGACUGACUUUUCCUUCUGUCUUCUCCGAUAGCAGUUAGUUUGUUGAGUCUUAAGUGCAUUUUAUUAAACUGAGUUUAUCUGAGUUUUCGAGUGGCAAACCCAAAAUUUAAAAGAGACAAAUGUUUGCUAUUUUUGUAACGGACAACACAGUUGUUCGUAAAUUCCCUCUUGCCCCCAAAGCCAACAGAAGAGAUCACAUUAGAAAUUGAGCCAUUGUAAUCAAAGGCCGCAGUUACUACUAGCUAAAUUACAGUGCCAUAUCUAGCUUGCAAGCUGGUUAGCAAAGCUAGCUACUUUGCUAGUAUGCCAAAACAAAACUUAAUUUAAGUAAAAUAGCUGUAGCUGCGGAUAGCACUCAAAACUGAAAGCUAGAAAACUAGCUCAGUGUUAGCUUAGCAAGCUGAUUGCCAAGAUAGCUUUCUAAAACAAAAUUAAAACAAAUAUCAAUUAAUUUCAGGAAGAACAAAAAUGUAAAAAAAAAUGGUAUAAAUUUAGUAAAAUUGGGGGACAAAAUGUGGCACUGCAAUUAAAGAUAGCACCAGACAUUAGCUAGUAAACUAGCUACAUUGCUAGCUAAACUAAACUAGAAACAUCAUUAGGUUGGCAGGCUAGUUAGCAAGCUAGUUUGCCAAAACUUAAUUUGUGGAAUAAAUUGAGCUGGCAAACUAGUUGCCAAGCUAGCUUGCCAAAACAAUAUUAAAACAAAACUCAGUUAAACAUAACAAUGAAAAUGUAAACAAAGGGUAUGAAUUUAAUAAAACGUGGGAACAAAAUGUGGCACUGUUAAUGAUUGUGGCACUGAAAUUAUAGAUCAGACAUGAGCUAGAAAAUUGGCUACAUUAGCCUACUAGCUAAUCUAACCAGAAAUGUUAGCAAGCUACUGUAUUAGCAAGAUCGCUAGAUAGCAAGUUAGAUUGCCAAAACUGAAAUUUGUAGAAUAAAUUGAGGGUUUAAAUAAACUUUCCUUCAAUUACUAAAAUGGGGGAACACAGCGAAGCUAUGGAUAUCACUAGAAACUGAAAGCUAGAAAACUAGCUCAGUAUUAGCUUGGUGAGCUGGUUGCCAAGCCAGCUUGCCAAAACAAUGUUAAAACAAAAUUCAAUCAAACAAAAGAUAAAAAGGUAAAUCAAGGGUAUAAAUUAAUAAAAUGCUGAAACAAAAUGUGGCACUGUGAAUGACUGUGGCACUGGGAUUAUAGAUAUCAGACAUGAGCUAGAAAAUGAGUUACAUUAGUCAACAGCUAAUCUAAACCAGAAAUAUUAGCAAAUAAAAAAAAAAAUUGGCUAAUUAGCUACUAGCAAGCUAGCUAAUUACUUAUACGAAGGCAUAAAAUUAAAUUUAUCACAUUAUUAGUCAUUUGAAGCAAUGAGUUGCAAUUUGAGGGUAAAAUUGCUCAAUUUAGGAGACAAUUUGUUGAAAAAAUUCAGUGUAUAACCAAAUGUCUCAGUAUAUACAGUAACUUUGAAUUGUCAAAAUGAUCAUUUCCUCCAGAGUAUGACUGUAAAAUAAUCAUCAUAUUCCUGUAAUAAUAGCCAUUUGUACAAUAUCCGAUCUGCUAUUCUAAAAUGUUAACCUAAAUUAUUUUCUACAAGUUAUUAUUAGGUUUCUAACAUCAAUGCUGUUAUUGCUCAAAGGUAUAAAAGUGCACGCGUUAAUUUUGCUGCCACCAGGAAACUUUGCAAACAUGAGCUUCAGCUGCCAGUUUGAACGCAAACGCCUCUUGACAGAAAGACGGAGGAGAAUUUAGUUAAAGAGGAACUUCGUCCACAUUCCCAGAGAUGCAGAACGUUAAGACUCUGGGCUAGAUCUUAUGCUGAACGUCUCAGCUCUUCAUGUAGCCACAACAGUAUUUGAUCACUGUACUCUGGUUGUAAUAUUUAGGUUUUUUUUUAUUACAAGAUCUAUUAUUUUUGACGUCUUUGGUGCUAGAAUAAUAUCUCAUAGUUCUGUGUUUCAAGAUUCAAGGAUCCUGGUUUUAUUCAAAGCCUUAAACCAAACCCAAGUAGGCGGAUGCUCAUAGUUAAUGAAUUUAUUCAAUGAAUUUAAUAAAUACAGAUUACAGUGAGGGUUUCUGGCCUUGAAUAAAGGACGAUCUGAUACAUCAGAGGCAUUAACUGUUCAUUUCUAUUGACUGUGGAGUAAACUGCUGAGCUUCAUCAGUAGUCAGAGGUGUUUCCUACAGUCGACACUGUGUGUACUGACACGUAGCUGUGAGUAGUUUAAACUGUACACAUAAGAGAUACUGUCACAGUGUUUUAUUACAUGCAUGAAGUACUGUAGUUCUGAGUGUUGAGUGUAUUUACAGCAGCGUUUUAUCUCUUCUUCAUUCACACUAAUGAGUCGGUCUGUCGCUGUUUAAGAAUCACAACUGCUGGUUUUACAUGUUUUAAACAAUUAGGUGCAUAAACUUCACAUUCCUGCUCAUCAUUCUCCAAGUAAUUUUAAGUCACUGUUUUCAAUUUAUUUCUAUGAAAACCAGCUUGCAGAGACUUGAAACUUGCUGCAGAGAUAUUUAGUGAUGUCAGUUUUGGUUUUGAAAACUCCGCUUUUGUACAUUUAAGAAGCUCGACAUGUAAGAGCUGACAGUCGCCUGCCAAGUUAUUUUGUCGUGUAAUAUUUUUGCAAAAAGGCAAAACGAUUCAAAGCAAUGGUGGAGCACACAUAGUUAUUUUGCGGGUAUUUGUUACAUCCAUUAUUUUCACUUUUUUAUUUUUUCAUCAGAAAAUCAAGCACAAGCAUUUUUGUUUUAUUUUAUUUAUUGUUUUAUUUUGUAGGGCUGUCCCGAAUACCAUUUUUGGGGUUUGGAAGCUUCUGUAAUAAUUACCCACAAAUAUUCGACCCAUGAGGAGUCUAUUGAAUAUCCUGAAGCAGGGGUCAGUGAUGGUGCUGAGGACACUGACCUCAUUCAUGUCAGAGAGUGGCCACCUCCUUUCAGUUUCGUCCACCAAUUUACUGGUGAAAGACGACAACAAAAAAUGAUGCAUUCAAAUACUGAUUUAGACAUUAUUGAUUACCGUGGCAACAACUGAAGCCUUGAAUUACCGUAAAACUUCCAAUUAGUAGCCCGGGCUAUUAUUUGCUUAAAUCACUGAAAUCAACAGGCCUAUAUUUGGGACAGGCCUUUAGUUCCUUUCACACAUAACUGUUGCUCAGCAAAGAUCAGGAAAUGCAAUCACAUUGUUUAUUUAAACCAGUAUGAAUAUUACAUGUUUAGAAAUGAGGCUUCAGAUAAUAUAUCAGUACUGAAUCAUUCAUUUGAUCUAGCUGCCACAGACAGCGCAUCACAGAGUAAGAAUUAUGACGGCACCCAGCAUACCGACACAACGCCACAUUAUCCUGUUAAAACAGUCCUCACAACUUGGAUUCAUUUUGAUGAAAAACCCUUUUGAUUCUUUUGAUCUGAGGAAUAUGAAUAACUUACAGGGUAAUCGAGGAAUAGACACAUAAUUUUAGGUAGCCAACAACCUGCUUUUACACAUCCGAAGAACUUUUAUUAUUAAAAUGAACUGCUUGGCAACCAGACCAGGCUUCUAAUUGAGACAGGCCUUUAUUUGUCAAAAUGUGUAGCCACACUGGGGUAGUAAAAGGGACUGGGCGUUUAAUUGGGACUAGGGUUUUAAUUUAAGUUUUACGGUAUUAAGGUCAGCCCAAUUUUUUAGAAUGGAAAUGUUGAUUUAAACUGUAAAAUCCCAGCUUCCUGAAAUGCACCUUCUUUUUUUUUCUGGAAGUCCCUAGUCAAAAGUGUGUUAACACUAGAUGGUGUUGAGCCUCUGAAGUUCAAAAAGAUUGUAAUUUUUUUUUUUUUGUUUUUUGCACUAGUUAUUGUCUCGUUCACACAGGUUAUAAGAAAAACACCUUUUAGGACUUCAAGUCUCUGUUCAUAUCAUUACAUAACUAAUGUAACAAAAGUUAACUGGUAAAUUCAGCAGGAAGUUUCACUUCUCUCUAAGUUGAAUUUGACAGAAAUGAACUGAAAUCAUCUUAAAAACUGUCACUAUGAUUUGCAGGAAUAUAAAGUUCACUGGCUAUAAAGCUAAAAGAUGCACAACCAGCAGUUUCCUCGUCAGACUUAAACAAAAAACAAAGCACAAAACAUCCUGCAGCUGAUGUUCCAACACUGAAGAUGAAUUUAUUUAGUCCAAAGUAAACACUCAAAGUGUUUUCGCCAUUUAUGACCUAAGAAAGUCCAGACUGAAGAGAACUAACGGGGUUCAUUUGGACAAAACUGAAUGACGACAUCAGAUUAAAAGUAGUGUCGAAAAUACAGACACAGAUUUGUCACCUGAAAGAUGAGUUCCCAAACGGCCAAAAAAGAAUCAGAAAAAAGAAAACGUAAAAUCUCCUUUUACGUUCAAAUAUUGAGCAAAUUAAGAAUCUAAAGCGACAGUUUAUGAUGUCGUCAUAUCUUAAAACUGUUUUUAUGGCUGCAUUAUUCCAUCAAAUGGAAAAAUUGUGCACGUCUGCUGAAUGAUUUUAGACCCAGAUUUAGUUUUUUCAAUACUUCUAAAUAAAUCUUCACCACAAUUUGAAUUAAAGUUUGGUUGGAUUGAAUAAAUGGCGGACAAACCAGAAACUGAAUCAGCAGAAUUUCAGACUAAAAUCUUUUAAUUUGUGCGCUUUUUGAGCAGAUAUUUCCUCGUGCAUCCAGAACAGUCAGAUUUCUGUAAACCCUAAAUGUUUCUGUUUCUCCACACUCCUCCAUCGAUGACAUAAACUACUUUUAUUUGUCGUUGAAUGUUUUUAAAAAAAAUGUGCUUUUACGUGAUCUUUCUGCUUCUCUGCGUCCGUCGUGCCUCAUAGUGUCAGACUCACCUGUCGUCACUAAGCCCCGCCCUCCUGACAGCAGGCCAGGUGGUGGUUUGUCCUGCAGGUGGAGGUCUGCGUAGUGCCUCAUAGAGAAACGCUUCGACACCCUCAGUGCUCUGAUGUUUAACGUGAGUGUGUGUUAACAUGUGUUAACGCGCGUGUGUUUCCUGUGUGUGAGCUAACGUGCCUCCAGAUGUCAUCUAGAUUUUUCUUUUUGCUGUAACUAUGUUCAGUUUUAUUACCUGAAGUUUUAUUGAAUAGAUGAUAUGUAUAUUUUUGCAGACAGAAGCUGUUUUUUUUCUAUUUUAGUUUCAACUGUAAAGUUUUAACUGUAAAUUGCACUAAUUGUUCUACAGAUGCUCUUAGAUGUGACGUUCAGAUUAUUAUGAAUGUUGUAACAUUUAAAGCUGAAUAUAUAAUAGUACAUAUAUAUGUUUAAAUAACUGAUUCUUAUAUGUGUUUAAUCACAAUAAACUAAAUACCAUCUAAGAACUAA